AUGACCACCAGGGGGACCAUAAUAAUAAUAAGAACUUGGAUAAUUGGAAUAUCUAGUAGCAGUAGUAGUGUUCGUACCAGUCUUAUCGGUAUUAGUAGUACCGGUAGUAGUAGUAUCGGUAUUAGUAGUACCGGUAGUAGUAGUACCGGUAUUAGUAGUACCAGUAUUACCGGUAUUAGUAGUACCAGUAUUACCGGUAUUAGUAGUACCGGUAUUAGUAGUACCAGUAUUACCGGUAUUAGUAGUACCAGUAUUACCGGUAUUAGUAGUACCAGUAUUACCGGUAUUAGUAGUACCGGUAGUAGUAGUACCGGUAUUAGUAGUACCAGUAUUACCGGUAUUAGUAGUACCAGUAUUACCGGUAUUAGUAGUACCGGUAUUACCGGUAUUAGUAGUACCGGUAUUAGUAGUACCAGUAUUACCGGUAUUAGUAGUACCAGUAUUACCGGUAUUAGUAGUACCAGUAUUACCGGUAUUAGUAGUACCGGUAUUAGUAGUACCAGUAUUACCGGUAUUAGUAGUACCAGUAUUACCGGUAUUAGUAGUACCAGUAUUACCGGUAUUAGUAGUACCAGUAUUACCGGUAUUAGUAGUACCAGUAUUACCGGUAUUAGUAGUACCGGUAGUAGUAGUACCGGUAUUAGUAGUACCAGUAUUACCGGUAUUAGUCGUACCGGUAUUAGUCGUACCGGUAUUACCGGUAUUAGUAGUACCAGUAUUACCGGUAUUAGUCGUACCGGUAUUAGUAGUACCAGUAUUACCGGUAUUAGUAGUACCAGUAUUACCGGUAUUAGUAGUAUCGGUAUUAGUAGUACCGGUAUUACCGGUAUUAGUAGUACCAGUAUUACCGGUAUUAGUAGUAUCGGUACCAGUAUUGCCGGUAUUAGUAGUACCAGUAUUACCGGUAUUAGUAGUACCAGUAUUACCGGUAUUAGUAGUACCAGUAUUACCGGUAUUAGUCGUACCGGUAUUAGUAGUACCAGUAUUACCGGUAUUAGUAGUACCAGUAUUACCGGUAUUGUACCGAUUACCGGUAUUAGCAGUACCAGUAUUACCGGUAUUAGUAGUACCAGUAUUACCGGUAUUAGUAGUACCAGUAUUACCGGUAUUAGUAGUACCAGUAUUACCGGUAUUAGUAGUACCAGUAUUACCGGUAUUAGUAGUACCGGUAUUAGUAGUACCAGUAUUACCGGUAUUAGUAGUACCAGUAUUACCGGUAUUAGUAGUAUCGGUAUUAGUAGUACCGGUAUUAGUAGUACCAGUAUUACCGGUAUUAGUAGUACCGGUAUUAGUAGUACCAGUAUUACCGGUAUUAGUAGUACCAGUAUUACCGGUAUUAGUAGUACCAGUAUUACCGGUAUUAGUAGUACCAGUAUUACCGGUAUUAGUAGUACCAGUAUUACCGGUAUUAGUAGUACCAGUAUUACCGGUAUUAGUAGUAUCGGUAUUAGUAGUACCGGUAUUACCGGUAUUAGUAGUACCAGUAUUACCGGUAUUAGUCGUACCGGUAUUAGUAGUACCAGUAUUACCGGUAUUAGUAGUACCAGUAUUACCGGUAUUAGUAGUACCGGUAGUAGUAGUACCGGUAUUAGUAGUACCAGUAUUACCGGUAUUAGUAGUAUCGGUAUUAGUAGUACCGGUAUUACCGGUAUUAGUAGUACCAGUAUUACCGGUAUUAGUAGUACCGGUAUUAGUAGUAUCGGUACCAGUAUUGCCGGUAUUAGUAGUACCAGUAUUACCGGUAUUAGUAGUACCAGUAUUACCGGUAUUAGUCGUACCGGUAUUAGUAGUACCAGUAUUACCGGUAUUAGUAGUAUCGGUAUUAGUAGUACCGGUAUUACCGGUAUUAGUAUUACCGGUAUUAGUAGUACCGGUAUUAGUAGUAUCGGUACCAGUAUUGCCGGUAUUAGUAGUACCAGUAUUACCGGUAUUAGUAGUACCAGUAUUACCGGUAUUAGUAGUACCAGUAUUACCGGUAUUAGUAGUACCAGUAUUACCGGUAUUAGUAGUACCAGUAUUACCGGUAUUAGUAGUACCGGUAUUACCGGUAUUAGUAGUACCAGUAUUACCGGUAUUAGUCGUACCGGUAUUAGUAGUACCAGUAUUACCGGUAUUAGUAGUACCAGUAUUACCGGUAUUAGUAGUAUCGGUAUUAGUAGUACCAGUAUUACCGGUAUUAGUAGUAUCGGUACCAGUAUUGCCGGUAUUAGUAGUACCAGUAUUACCGGUAUUAGUAGUACCAGUAUUACCGGUAUUAGUAGUACCAGUAUUACCGGUAUUAGUAGUAUCGGUAUUAGUAGUACCGGUAGUAGUAGUACCGGUACCAGUAUUGCCGGUAUUAGUAGUACCGGUACCUGUAGUACCGGUAUUAGUAUUACCUGUACCAGUAGUACCGGUACCAGUAUUACCAGUGGUACCACCUGUACCAGAGCCAGUACCAGCACCUCCUGUACCAGAGCCAGUACCAGCACUUCCUGUACCAGAGCCAGUACCAGCACCUCCUGUACCAGAGCCAGUACCAGCACCUCCUGUACCAGAGCCAGUACCAGCACUUCCUGUACCAGUACCUCCUGUACCAGUACCUCCUGUACCAGUACCUCCUGUACCAGUGCCUCCUCCAAUAUUAAUACCACCAGUUGUAUCUCCAGUACCACCAGUUGUACCUCCAGCGCCAAUAUUAAUACCACCAGUUGUACCUCCAGUGCCACCAAUUGUACCUCCAAUACCACCAGUUGUACCUCCAGUACCACCAGUUGUACCUCCAGCGCCAACAUUCGCACCACCUCCAGUAGUACCUCCACCUCCAUUAGCCAGUCCAGCUAUUGCAGCUACUAG